AUGGAGCUUAACGAUGUUAUAGUCAAUCAGCCUGUGGUUAUCGACAAUGGCUCCGGAGUGAUCAAGGCUGGAUUUGCUGGUGAUCAAAUACCAAAAUGCAGAUUUCCAAAUUAUAUUGGCCGCCCAAAACAUGUUCGAGUGAUGGCUGGUGCUCUAGAAGGAGAGCUUUUUGUGGGUCCCCGGGCUGAAGAACACCGUGGGUUGCUCAGUAUCAAGUAUCCAAUGGAACAUGGCAUUGUAACAGAUUGGAAUGAUAUGGAAAGAGUUUGGAAUUAUAUUUAUAGUAAGGAUCAACUGUCCACAUUCUCCGAGGAGCACCCUGUGUUGCUUACAGAGGCACCUCUCAACCCUCGCCGGAAUAGAGAGAAAGCUGCAGAGGUGUUCUUCGAGACUUUCAAUGUACCUGCUUUAUUUUUGUCUAUGCAAGCCGUACUGAGCUUAUACGCAACGGGGCGGACGACGGGCGUGGUGCUGGACUCAGGCGAUGGGGUGACCCACUCGGUUCCUAUCUACGAAGGGUUCGCCAUGCCACAUUCCAUCAUGAGGGUCGACGUGGCCGGCAGGGACGUCACCAGAUAUCUCCGGCUACUCCUCCGCAAGGAGGGCGUCAACCUCCGCACCUCUGCCGAGCUAGAGAUCGUGAAGGCUAUCAAGGAGAGGGCGUGCUACCUCUCGCCCAACCCUCUCAAGGAGGAGACUCUCGAGACAGAGAGAGCUCAGUACACACUACCUGAUGGAACUCAACUGGAGAUAGGGCAGGCGAGGUUCCGGGCGCCAGAGGUGCUGUUCCGACCUGAUCUCAUCGGCGAGGAGUGCGAAGGUUUGCAUGAAGUGCUGAUGUUCGCGAUCCAGAAGUCGGACAUGGACCUGCGCAAGGUGCUGUACCAGAACAUCGUGCUGUCGGGCGGCUCCACGCUGUUCCGCGGCUUCGGCGACAGGCUCCUCGCCGAGAUACGCCGGCUCGCGCCCAAGGACAUGAAGAUAAGGAUCUCAGCGCCACAAGAACGCCUGUACUCCACGUGGAUAGGGGGUUCGAUCCUGGCGUCGCUCGACACAUUCCGCAAGAUGUGGGUCUCGAAGCGGGAGUACGACGAGGAGGGACACCGCGCCGUGCACCGCAAGACUUUCUAG